CGCCCACACUCCCAACGCAUAACCAACCCUAGCUCUCGCAAAGCACCGCCACCCUCGCCGCCCCCAACCGCUUGCCGGCGGAGUUCGCCGCCGCGCCGCCCCUCGGCGGUGCUCCCUACCCCGCCCGCCUGACCGCCCGCCUGUCCGUCGCCCCUCCCCGCCUCGCCAUCGCCGGCGCCCCACCCACCGCUACUCGCGCGAACGCACCGUCUCGACUAGCCGACGCCGCCUUGGGAUCGCCCCCGCCCACCUCCAGAUACGCGGCCCGGCCGCGGAGCCGUGCUUACGUCCGCUACCACCCGGCGCCGAUCUCCACGACGCCCCGCUCACGAGGUAGGGUUUUGGAGUGGGAACGACGACGAUCGCGUUCCCCCUCGCACGCCGCCUGAUUUGAGCUGCCCCACGCGUUCGUUCGGUCCUUUCUCAGGCAUCAAAACCCUGAUUUGAUAACAUUAAGUGGAAUUUUGACGAUGGGUUUCGAUAAUGAGUGUGUUCUGAAUAUUCAAACUCUUCCUGGUGAAUAUUUCUGUCCUGUUUGUCGGACGCUCAUAUGUCCCAACGAAGCUCUGCAAACUCAGUGCACACAUCUCUACUGCAAACCCUGCUUGGCUUACAUAGUGGCAACAACACAAGCCUGCCCUUAUGAUGGCUAUUUGGUUACAGAAGCUGAUUCCAAGCCUCUGAUGGAAUCAAAUAAACCCCUUGCUGAGACAAUUGGUAAAGUUACAGUCCACUGUCAGUAUCACAAGAGUGGUUGUCAAUGGCAUGGUAAUCUGUCUGACUGCAUCACACAUGGUACUACUUGUGCCUAUGGGAACUCUCCUGUAGUUUGUAACCGUUGCAGUACUCAGAUUGUACACCGUCAAGUGCAAGAACAUGCUCAACUCUGUCCAGGUUUGCAACCUCAGGCGCAAGCACAACACACUGACAGUAGUAUGAUGCAGUCAUCAGCAACAGGAACCCAGGCAGCCGUGCAAGGUCCUUCUGCAGUGGCCUCAGCAGUCCCUAUGACGCCUGUUACAGCAGCUCCUACAACAGUACCAUCCACAACUACAGCCAGAGCUGGAACAGAUUCUGCUAUCGCAGUUGCUUCAGCUGGUUCAACCACUGUAAGCACCGUGGCUGUGGCUCCUUCACUUCCGGUGGCACCUACUGCUGCUAGUCAAGGUCAAGCACUUGCUCCUCAAACUCCAACAGCUGAGCAAUACCAGCAGCAGCUCCAGUACCAGCAGUACUACCAGCAACAUUACCCUGGAUAUAACCCCUACAUGCAGCAGUAUCAACAGUAUGGUCAGUACCAACAGUACACACAACCUCAGACGCAAAUUGCACCCCAGAAUGUGGCUCAAGCUCCUGCGCAAUCUGCUCCAUAUGCUCAGCCUCAAGUUCUACAGCCCAAUCAGCCCCAACACAUGGUGCCAUUCCAACCUCAGAAUCAGCCCCACCUUACACAACUCCAAGCACCAGCAGCUCAGUCACAGUCUCAGCAGCAUCCACCAUUGCAGUCUGCAGCUCAAACUCAAAUUGUACAAGCACAACCACAAAGCCAAGUAUCUUUCCAACAGCCUCAACCCCAUGCACAACCUACAACCCAUACACCAGUCCCUACACAACUUGGUAGCCAACCAUUUGCAAUGCCUCCUACUCAAGCAACACCAUCUGAAGUUCAGCCACAUGUUCAACCUCAUAUUCCACAGCACCAUCAGGUUAUGGCUCAGCAACAACAGCCACAACUGCAGCAUUUACCUCAGCAGCAACAUCCAAAUGCACAGCAGCAAUCUUAUCCACAAAUGCAGGCAUAUCAUCAGCCUCCUCCAAUGUCUCAUGCACAACCUCAGAAUCCUUCAGUUCAUGCAGUAACAGGUCAUCAAUCAUUUUCACAGCCUCAGCCAGCACAUCAGAUGCAACAAGGUGCUCCACUGCAACGUUCCCUACAUGUAUCUCAGCAGCAAAUGCCUAGUGCUCAGCAUCAUGCACUUGCACAUACUCCACAGGGCCAACAACCAACUAUGAUGGCUCAAGGGAUUCAGCAGACACCACAACAUCAGCAUGUUGGGCAUCAUGCCCUGCGGCCAGAAAUAUAUGCUAGCAUUCCUCCACAGGCAGCACCACAAGGAUUCCCUCUAAACGCACCUGCUCCCUCACAAACAGGUCAAUCAUACCAACAAGGAAUGCCCUCAUCACAACAACUGAUGCAUGCACCUCUCCAAUCCCAAGGCCAACAAUUUAUGCAACAGCACCCUACUCAUACUUCUGCUGGUCGGUCUAUGAAUUAUGUUGCACCACAAGAGCAGUUCCAAAAUCAAUCUGGUGGUCCAGUUAAAGGUUUACAGGCAGGUGUGAUGAAUCAACAACCACCAAUGCGUAUGGCCUCUGAUAAUGUAGGAGCAACAUCUGAAUUGCAUGGUGCUGGACAAUCUUUUGGGCAGGGCUCUUCGUCUUUAAAAAAACCUACUUCGGAAUCUGAGAAAUCAGAAAAUGCAACUAAUGGUACUGGUAAUACAGAAGUAAGUGGGAAAAAUGGAAGUGCUGAAUCAGCUCUUGUAAAUCCUAUUUCAUUGGAUGGGUCAGAUGGUUCAGACAAGGGGAAGGGGAAAGGAAAAGUUGACUUUUCAGCUUGGGAAAGUAAUUCACAUGAUCCAGAUGCUCGGGGAGGCAAAGGGACUAGGUCUGGUAUAUCAAAUGAUCUUGUGAAAGGUGGAUCAUUACAGCAGGCACCACAACAUCCUUAUGGACCUGAUUCAAUGCUUCCUCAACAUAUGCGUCAGCCUGGGCAUAUGCCGUAUAUGCAGGGGCUGCCAAAUCAAAUGAGGCCACCUAAACAUUCCUUUCCUGAAAAUAGUCGGCCUCCAAUGCAACAACCAUUUGAAAUGGCACCUAGGGUGCCUGGUCCAAACCAAAAUCAGAUGCAAAUUUCACAGUCCAUCAGACCUGAUGGUGCUAUAGUUCGGCCACCGAUGGGGGCACCAAUGCCUGGGCUGCAUGAUUCAACAGUUCCUCCUUUUGCUCCUGAAUAUGUUGGUCAGCCUCAUCCUCUUGGAACUAAAAAGAACAAUAGUGUUGGCAAUGGACCACAUGGAGGCUCAAGGGCUUUAUUUGAAGGUGGAUUCAAUUCUUCACAGAAACAUUCCAAGUCAUGUGCAGCAAAUCCUGGCAGAAACAACGUUAGCCACAAAGAUUUUGAAGAUAAUAUGAAGCAGUUUCCAGUGCCUACUCACCUUGACGGUGAAGGUCAUCAAAGGGGUCCUAGACCUUUUGAAGGAGGUUUAGGUAGACCUGAUGGUUUUGCUGAUAUAUUACCUGGAAGGCCUCCAUUGACAAAUCAUCCUGGUCCAUUUCCUAUAGGCUUCGGAGAAGAUUACCCAAGGAAACCCAAUUCGACUGUUAGUUAUCCUGACUUUAUUUCGCCUGGUGCAGAAUUUGGUCAUCGUGGUAUUGAUGGAAUACCUACUCUUAGAAAUGCAGGUCCAUUUCUUCAAGGGAUGACAGGCGGGCCUGGAGGUUUGCAUAAAGAUCAGCUAGGCUCUAGUAACUUUCCUGGGAGUGGACACCAUGAUUUUGACAACUCAGAGUUCCCUCGUACUCGAUUCCAUCCUGGUGAUGCUUUUGUGCCAAGAAAUCUGCACGGUGGUGGUUGGGGUGGUGGCCAAUUGCAUGGCAUUGAGCCUUCUGACUAUGGCUACAGAGGUCACAUGCAUGCAGAUGAUCCAAAUAUUCCAAUUGAUUAUUCUCGGCAUGGUUUUCCAAAAGAAUCUGCCCACUUUGGUUCGGGUGGACACUUGAGAGAUGGAGAUGUCAGUUGGUGCCGUAUAUGCAAUAUUAGCUGUGGUACAGUAGAGAACCUGAAUAUACAUGUAGAGACCAGGGAACACCAUCAACAUGCAAUGGACAUUGUUCUGAAAAUGAAGCAAGAUGUUGCAAAGGGGAGAAAGAAUUCCUUCAGGAAUUCUGGUGGUCCCAAGUCAUUCAAGAAAAAAGUACCUGGGAAGGGUAGCUUUCGUGGAAAUAGGCGUUAGAACUCCUGUUAUCUUGUUCCUUGGAGACAGGUGUCGGAAGGUUGCUGGUAAUGCUUCUGGAACUAUCUGAGACCAUUGAAAUUGGGUCUUGUCCAUACAUUUUGGUUAAGGUAGUGCUGCAUGUUUGGAAUAGAAUUACCAUGUUCUCCUGUCCAUACAUGUUUGGAACUAUCUGUACUUAUGUUGCCGUUUUACCAUGUUGACGUUUUACCAUGUUGUCAUGUGGACUUUACCUGCUUUUGUGGAGUUCGUUGCUCCUAUAUUGGAUGCUCAACUCACAACUCUGAGGAUGCUUAUCUUGGACCUGCAAUACUUUAAUUUUGUACACCUGGAUAUCUGAUAAUGCACAAUGCAUGACUCCCAUGUUUAUCCGCUAGGCUCAGAUGGAUUAUGGGUUCUGUUAUACUGUAUAACGGCCCUACAGGGUCAAAAGAGAUAAGUUUCACCAAAAGGAUCCAUAGCUAUUUUUCUCAUGCGAAUAGAAAGAAACUAUACAACUAGCUAUGAAACCCUGCAAUCACAAUUUUUUUUCUAUGCAAGAGACUAGUGGAAGUCUCUCUUGGGGGCCACUUGCAGUGCCUGAAAUGGUUAACAUUGAAUCCCAGGACAUACAUUUGCUUUUUUACUCUCACAAUGUUUUCUGUGAAAGAAUAUUUAAUUAAACCCUAUGAUCCUAGCCCUUCAUAUUUUGAAUGUGUGAUGAUUGGCAUUUCCUGCAAUCCAUAGUUGUGAUCAGGUAUAAGAAAUUGGUGGCAACAUAAACUGUUGUUAACUAACUGCCUCUUCCAUACGUUCAUUUGGUUUCAGAGAUUAAUUUCAUUCUACUUCGUGAACAUUUUUGUUCCCAAUUUAUGAAUAAUAAUUUUUAGUGCCAAUUGGGUUAAACUGAGCUCAUUCAAAAUUUAAGAUUAAAUGACCAGUACUGGAGACAACCUACUAUUUUAAUUUUCUCAUGACCUGUUUUUCAUUCUGGAGUUUAUAGAUAUUUAAGGUUCUGCUGCCUUGACAGCUUGAAAGGAAUUACUUGUAGGAGAAUAUGCGAACUUACAUUUUUUUUUAACCAUAGCAUGUCACAUAAUGUUGAGUUGUCUUGUACUUAAUGGUUUGACUAAAUAAUACUGCAAUGAUUGCCUAUGAGGGCAUCCCAACUCUAAAAUGUCCAAAGGGAGGUAGAAGGCAGAAAAACAAGCUAUCAUUUGGUAGGAACAUGGAUCCUAGAUAUUAGCAUGCCAACAUGUAGUAAGAGUGGCAUGUUAGUGUAGUGCAAUUGAAAGGGGCAAAAUUUGCCCUAGGACAUUCCCAUGGGACACUCCGAAAACAUGCCUUUCCGUAGGAAACUUCGGUUUUGUGGCAAUUUGUUAAAUCAUGCUAUUCCUUUUCUUUUUUUUCUUGUUUUUUUUUUAUCUUUGAGUGAAAAUAUUAAAGUUCACUAAGGACACUUUGAACCCAUCCCCAAAUUGCACGCUUGACCCGGCUAAAUUUUCAUCCCAAAUUGUGGAAAUGAAAACAUUUCAGGGGAUUAGGCGCCGUUUGGUUCAGGUUAUUGUACAGAUUAUUGUCGUGGAUUGUCGAUUUGAUUAUAGGGAUAAAUUAAAUAUUUUAAGAAAUAAAUUUAAUAAAUAGCUUAAACAAGUGGUCUAAGCAAUGCAGUAGUAGGAAUUUUUUUAGAAAACGUAUUUUUGGAAAUGUGGGCGAAAUAAUCCAUUUCAAUAAUCUGGUGAAUAAGCUGAAAAGAAAAGAGCCUAAUUGAAUGAAAAAUUUUAGAAGUACUAAAAAAUUUCUGACGAAAAAAACUGAACAAAAUUUGGCCGAAUUUAAACAUGUUGUGCUGAUUCCAAAACAAAUUGUGUAAAUCAAAAACAUUUCAGAGGCCUGUAUAAUGGAUCUUCCCCCGCAAAAGUUUUAGCAAAAUUUGGCUGAAUUCAUACUUAUUUCGUAAUUAAGAAAUGUGUGUUUUUUUUAGGAAGCAUAUCCUACCUGGUGGCCAAAAGACCAAAAAUUUCGGAAAUGUCAGUUUAAAUUAUAGAACCCGAACUUAUAACUUGGCAUGGGGGUAGAACGCCAUUUCCAAAAUUUUGUCAUCAGUUAAGCCAGAAAUCUUGAAAUAAUGCCAUCAGUGUUUUAGCAAAGACACAUUUUUUGAGUGCCUUAAAUUCCACCAAACUAUGAUGUCAUAUAGAAAAUUUUGCCGAAAGUAAUUACACUAACAAACUCUGUGCACCGCUGGAAUGAAAGCACAUUCUAAGAAAAGGAGCAAAUAAUAAGGUGUAAAUUGGUUCUGAGAUGGACCAUUGUGCAUGAGCUAUCGAUGCCAAUUAAGGACUUGUAAUUUUUUUUCAUUAGUUCUUGCAGACAGUGGUUCUUGGUUUGAUUAUCAUAGGUAUUGCCGUAUUGGUGUGGCAUUCAAACCCAAUGAAGAACAUUUACAUUCUGUUGAUAUAAUAUUUUCAGUUUUAAUUUUAAAUUUAACACAGUUCGAUAUGACUUAAUCCGAUUAUGUUUGAUGUGAUGAUUUGUUUCCUUGGCAAUAGCCUUCUCUUGUGUUUUUCCCCAAAGUGAUCAUUAAAUCAUUUGUUUCUUUUGUUGUUUUAUUUGCUAAAGCAGAAAUUGACAAGUUUAGGAAAAAUCCCUGAGGGGGCUCAACUGUCGUUCUUGCAUGCUUUCCUGAAGGCGGUAAGGAUAGAUGCACACUUAGCUUUUUCUAUGUUGUGAUUUAACUUAGCCACAGAUCUUUGGCCAAAAUAUAUAAGCUGAUUAUGCUAACCCUUUGUCAGUAUGUUGAACUAGACCUGUAGAGACUAAUUUCAUAUGUCCUAGACUGUUUCCAUAUUGGAUCUUUUAUGAUUGAUAUGACAUUUAGUUUCUUUGUAAAUAAAAACUGGUUGGACUAGCUGAUCACAUAUAGAAAUUGAUUUAGUACAAUGUUACAAGGCCUAUAGAUGUCAAGGACAUUUUCUGACAUUUCAACUGUAUGGUAACCUGGAGAAUCACCAUUCUCUUCUAAUGCAACAUGGGAUCAUAAUUAGUAUCCACCAUUUAGUUAGGGGAACCUUGAAAAUAUCCUAAUGAUGCAAAAGGUGUAGCUAACAAUACCCUCACCAUGGAAUAUGUCGUGGCUUUGGGCUGGAAAAUGGUUCCACGACAAUUAUGACUAGCAUCUAAGGAAGCAUGGGAAAUAUACUAACUCACUGAAGUAGGAGUAGUUGUGAAGUUAAGUGCUAGGCACAAAAGGCCAAAUUUGAAUAAUUAAGUUGCUUGGUGUUGGGAUUGAACCUAUGUAGAAUAUCUUUUGACCUUCAUGUGAAUUCAACUUUAUCUUAUUUAUUGGGCUCAAUGACCACACGUUUAUCUGCAUUGACAUGUUUGCUAGUAUUUUUGGGAUUUAAGUUCCUUCCUGCCUAGGGAUUAAGAUGCAGCUGAGAUAUAUUUGCUCAGUAGAUACGCACAUCAUGUGUCUCCAUUUUUUGCUGUCUCUACAAUAUGCCAAGAUUCUAGGCUUCAAGCCACUUUAGUUAUAAGUUUUCUAGGCUUCCCUGUCCCUCUCCGUGCAUGCAACACUAGCUGAGAAAGUGGUGAUUUUGAUUGAUACAGUGGUGGUUUUCAAGCAAAAUGAACUAUUAUUAGAUAAGUUAACUGAGCUCUAAUUUACUGUCUCUUCAUAACAUGAAUAAUAGGGGUUUUCACUAGAGAGGCCCAAAAAUAAACUUGGCUAGAAGCUUCUUUACUAUGUAAUCUGUAUCACCUCCACAUGUAAUAUUAUUUUUGCACGUGAUGAAGCUAAACCGCAUAUUCUUUUCAUUCUGAUGGGAUAUGUGGUUAGUUGCAGCGGCACCUAAAACAUGGUCUCGCAAAGCCCUUGUGGUUUAACAGUUUCAUCAGUUAAAUCUGUCCUUAGAUUCGCAUGAUAUAAAUGAAGAGUGAAACCAUCACUGCUCACUAGUCUGUCCUAUCAUUUUUUGCUGCUUUUCUACUGUUAAGGCUCAGUUUGAAUCAAAUUAUUGAGCGGAUUGUUGCUGUAGAUUAUCUGCUUGAUUAAAGAGAUAAAUUAAAUAUUUUGAUAAAUAAAAUUAACAAAUAGCUUAAAACAAGUGAUUUAAGCAAUACUGUAGAAUAAUGUUUUUUAGAAAAUAUAUUUUAUCAAAACUUGGAGCAAAUAAUCAGUAUUGAUAAUAUGUAAAUAAUCUAAAAAGAACUAAGUUAGCCAUGAUGUUCUCACCGUAGCAGGCAGUCAUACUAGCAUUUAUUUUGCUGUGAAGGUGGCCAUUAUUACUGUCUUCUUCUGGCAUUACCAGCUGUAAUUCAUGAUUUGUCUUUAAUUCGCACUUUAUAUGUUUCCUUUUUUUUUCCUAUCCCAUGUUUUGUGUUACUGCUUUGGAAAGUCUUGUAGCAGCUAAUGAGGCAUUCAUGAUGGAUAUGCUGGAAGCUAAACAAGUAGCUCAAGCUCCGACCGCAUUUCAAGAGCUCGAGUGGCACAGGAAUGUAGACAAACCGUCAUACUCCAGCUUGCUGAAUUUAAUUAUUUCAUUGUAAAACAGUGUAGUUUCUUGCACAGUAAUGUAUCAAGCAGUUGAUGACUCGAUGUAUCAACAUAAAUGUAAUCAUUUGUUAAUUUUUUCCUACUUAACAAAUAUCAGUUGGACCUGUACAUUAUGCUAGUAUAAA